AAAAAAAAAAACAAUAAUUCAAUUGUUUUUAUUCUUCUCUACUCCUUCAAUCCCUCCCUCAAUUCACGCCCAAUUAUUCUUUCUCCCUUUGCCCCAAAGUUCCACCAUUUCUUCUCUCUUCCCCCAAACCCCCCCAAAAUUCUACGGUUUUCAUUUUCAAUCGUCUGCUGAAUCUUGGGCUUUAUUUUAAUUGUUUGGUUCCGAUUGUUGGGUUUUUGGGGGAAUUCGAAUUUAUAUUAAGAGAGAAAGAGAGAUGAGUUUUCAAGAUCUUGAAGCGGGUCGGCCAUUGGGGCCCCGACGGGGGUAUAUGAAUGGGAAGCAAGACCCGACCCAAGCCGUGGCUUCUGGAAUAUUCCAGAUUAACACUGCUGUUUCUACGUUUCAAAGGCUGGUUAAUACACUUGGAACACCUAAAGAUACACCCGAGCUACGUGAGAAAUUGCACAAGACGAGGGUACAUAUUGGGCAGUUAGUGAAAGAUACAUCUGCAAAACUUAAGCAAGCCAGCGAAACAGAUCAUCGUGUUGAAGUCAGUGCUAGCAAGAAAAUAACAGAUGCUAAGCUCGCUAAAGAUUUUCAAGCUGUCUUGAAGGAGUUUCAAAAGGCUCAGAGGCUUGCAGCUGAGAGAGAGACGGCAUAUACACCUUUUGUUCCCCAAGCAGUUCUUCCUUCUAGUUAUACCGUCAGUGAGAUAGAUGUUACGGAAAAGAGUCCAGAACAGCGGGCUCUCCUUAUGGAAUCAAGAAGACAGGAGGUUUUACUUUUGGACAACGAGAUUGCCUUUAAUGAAGCAAUUAUUGAAGAAAGAGAGCUGGGAAUACAAGAAAUACAGCAACAAAUUGGUGAAGUGAAUGAAAUUUUCAAGGACCUUGCUGUGCUUGUUCACGAGCAAGGAACUAUGAUUGAUGAUAUUGGUUCCAACGUUGAGAACGCACAUGCUGCAACUGCACAGGGGAGAUCGCAACUUGCCAAAGCUGCGAAGACCCAAAGAUCAAAUUCAUCUCUGACUUGCUUACUGCUAGUGAUUUUUGGAAUUGUGCUCCUCAUUGUGAUCAUAGUACUUGCAGCCUGAGCUGAAGAUUACUGGGAUAUAGAAAAGAGUCCCAAACUCUCUUCACUGACGGAAGUGAUUGUUAUGAUUCGGGAAAAACAGGUGAUUGUAGUGUUUCGAGUCAUUUCAAAGGCGCCCUGUAGUGUGGCUCAGACGUCCCGAUCCUUUCUUCUAGACAGAAUAGGAAAGUUGCAUAGUUAGGGAGGUGGGAGAGCAAAGGUGGAGUUCAACUUGUAAACUUGGUGCUGUGGUUGAAAGAUCUAUUGCUGCCAUGUAAUGGCGGGUCUGUCAAUAAAAAUUUAUUCUUGUUUGGAGGGGCAAUCUCUUAUAUUUGCACUCUAGGUACUCUUGAAGCAGAUAACAUUUGACAUUCAAUUCUUUAUUGAUGCUUGUGUGUGGGAAGCUAGUGAUUUGUUGA